AUGCCUCAUCGCGACUUCACCUCGCUCCCAAUCCUCGACCUCUCCCUAAGCGAAAAUGCCCUCCUGACAAGCCUCCGCGUCGCCCUGACCGACGUCGGCUUCCUCUACGUGUCCAACCACGGAGUGCCCCAAUCCGUCAUUGACAAUCUCGUACACGUCCUUCCCAAACUGUUUGCCCUCCCGGAGCACGCUAAACGAGAAAUCGCACUUGAGAAUUCGCCUCAUUUCCUCGGUUACAGCGCCGCUGGGACCGAGACGACGGCCGGCAGAUGCGAUCAGCGGGAGCAGGUUGAGCUGGCUACUGAGCUCACCAGAGCUCCAGAUGGUUCGCCUUUGUACGACGGAUUGCGUGGUCCGAACCAAUGGCCGUCCGAUUUGCCAGAGCUGCGACCAGUGGUAGAGCGCUACAUUGAGGAAUUGACCAAGCUAGGCGAGAGGUUCUUGCGGCUAGUCGCAAAAGCCCUUGACCUCCCAGAUGAGAUAUUCUUCUCCUAUCUCUCAGAUCAACAUCGCCUCAAACUUGUCCACUAUCCAGCCUCCAACGGACAAAACACCCAAGGCGUCGGUCCCCACAAGGACUCAUCUGGAUGGUGGACAUUCCUCCUCCAAGCAUCACCAGAAGUCAAAGGCCUGCAAGUCCUCAACAAAGCCGGCGACUGGAUCGAAGCGCCCGCAAUCCCAGGAACAUUCGUAGUAAACAUCGGCCAAGCAUUUGAAGUCGUAACAAACGGCGUCUGCAAAGCGACAACGCACCGCGUCCUCUCAAGUUCCAGCGAGCGUUUCAGCGUGCCCUUUUUCCAAGGCGUGCGACGCAGUCUCACGAGAGACGAGGCGUUGAACUCGCUGGCGGAGCAUUUCUCGAAGUUUGGAGCUGGUGAUGAGUCGGGAGAGGGUCGGUCGAUUGACGCGCCGUUUGUCACGGGCAAGUAUGAUACCUGGGGCGAGACGCAGCUGAGGACCAAGAUACGAAGCCAUCGUGAGAAUGGGCGCAAGUUUUAUGCCGAGGUUUACGACAAGUAUGUUACUGACUCGUAG